ACGCCAGAAAGAAAAAGAAAAGACAAACCUUACUUUAGUAAAAGAGUUCUGCGAAUACACAACUUGUGGUGGCCUGGGUCGAGUGGUUGCCUCACGGUACCUGGUGUUUAGGUUAAUCUGGUUGCUAUUGGUUCUUGGGGCACUUGGCUAUGCUACUUAUCAGAUAUAUGGUUUGUAUUUAAAGUAUGAAAAACGCCCAGUUGCCACAACUAUAACGAUCAAGAACAAGGCGACUCUUAAUUUUCCAUCGAUCACUUUUUGUAAUUUAAAUCCCAUUUUGAAGUCCAAGUUAAAGGAUCUUCCAGUGAAGGCAAAGCAAGGGAUGGAUCAAUUUAUCAAUCCAAAUAAGACGUUCAAUGAGAUAGACCAGGAAGAACAAGAUGCAGAGGAUAAUUCCAAUACACUCCUCAGAAGGAGGAGAGAAAUUAAAUUAAAUGUGACUCAGCCAAAGAAAAAAUUUACAAUCUCGAACAAAGGAAAAGUAGAAGGACACGUAGAUGCAGAUCUACCAGACCCGAGUCAGCUUCAACCUGAGUAUAGAGUUAAAGAGCGUAUUUACGUGCAGCUAGCAGAGUUAACACAUGAAGAACUCAAACCACUGGGCCAUGAAUUUGAUGAAAGCUUAUUGGCAUGCUCGUUUAGAGGUGUUGACUGUUUGAACUUCACAGCUUUUUGGCAUUCAUUUUGGCACUACAAGUAUGGUAACUGUUAUGUUUUCAAUUCUGGAAGAGACAGACCAGUCCUGAGAUCCACCAAGGCCGGACCAUUACAUGGUAUAGAGAUGCAGCUUUAUGUGAAACAGGAGGAAUACGUGGAUCAGCUCAGCCAGGAAGCUGGAUACCGCAUUGUUAUUAGCCCACAGGGAGAAAUGCCUUUUCCUUUUGAGGAAGGAAUCAGCGUCGCCCCAGGACAAUCUAUGUCUAUUGGAAUUAGAAAGGUUGUCAUCAAACGUGCCGAUCCCUUUAAAAAUGGCAGUUGUGGAGCUUCAAGGGAGCUGCGCCCGGGAAACUUGUAUCGUAGUGCGUACAAUGCAAAGUACUCUGCCAUGGCUUGUAGAGAAUCCUGUUUAGCUUAUAAUCAGCUGUUUCGCUGUGGCUGCUUGGAAUAUAGGUUCCCAGAAGAAGGGUUCGAAGUGUGUGAUUCUACGAACAAGACAAUAGUAAAUUGCUUGCGCAGGCUUCAUGUUCAAUAUCAAAAUAACGGGCUCAACUGCUCCAAGGCCUGUCCAAUAAGUUGCAAUGAGGAACAUUAYAAAACGUCUUCAUCGUCAGCUGCUUGGCCUUUCAAAAACUAUGAGAUAUAUUUAAAGAAAAUGCUUAACAUCGAGGAGGAAUCAUCAGAAAUACUAAGACAGGAAAUGUUAAAGGUCAAGAUCUUUUAUGAAGAACUGAAUUAUCAAGAAAUAGAGGAGAAUGUUUCCUAUGACAUAAAUGAUUUCCUAUCAGAUAUCGGUGGCCAGCUUGGCUUAUGGCUUGGAGUUUCUGUUCUGACUGGUGUUGAAGUGAUUGAACUAAUUUUGAUGAUAUUCUUGAAUUGUUGGCAACCAAAGAAAAAAGCCGCUGCGACAGACAUUGAAAAUCAUGAAAUGAGAGCAAAAGUAGGAGAACCACAUAAACAUCCGUUUGGCUACAGCACGUGAGUGGCUGUUGGAGUAUUGAUGUAACCUGCCAAAGGUUGCAAUUGCAGGAGAAAAAGCAAGGGCUUCAAUGUCAAAC